AUGGAUACUUUUGUUAUUGUCAUUAUUAUAGUAUGUGCGGGUAUUGUUUUACCGGCUCUUGUCUUAUGCUGUUUCCUCACCCACCGGAAGGAAAAGCCUUUGUCUCACCCGCGAGAUUUGGAAAUGGGUAAAACGGGAACAAAAGAUGGAGGCCUUGUUGUUUUGACAAGGAAUGUUUCCACUACAGCUGCGGCUGUAACCAUAGCAGAUUCUGAUGGUGGCGGCGGUUGUUGUUGUGGAGGCGGUGAUGGUGGAGGAGACGGCGGUGAUGAUGGUGGGGGAGACGGAGACGGAGGCGGUUGUGGAGGUUGCGGCGGCCGUGGAGGUUAA